CGCAUAUCACCAUGAAUGAGCGUUUAGAAAUAUAGUUUCUCAUUCGUCAUAGAUUUGCAAGCAUCGGCGUUAACUAGAGUGAGUCAGUGUGCCUUAGGGCUCCAUAGUGAAGCAAGUAAUAUCUAUGGAGAUGAUGAAUUCUCUAUCUCAAAAUAAAUCCACAGGCGUCCUGGAGAAUUUAUUUGGCAUGAAGGGUGGACAUGAAGAUUCUAGCUAUGCUAAGAAUUCUUCAGUUCAGUUAAUGAUAGUUGAAGCUGCGAAGCCCAUUCUUGAGCGUGGUAUAUAUGAGAAUCUGAAAUUGAAUUUUAAUGGAGGUGCAAUAGUUCGCAUAGCAGAUUUGGGGUGUGGCACUGGGUGGAAUACUCUUGUGGUAGCAGACAGAAUUGUUAAAGCUGUGCAAUCGAUAGUUGAGGAAGGAAAUAAGCGAGAAUUUGAAGUUUACUUUAAUGAUCUAGCAUCUAAUGAUUUCAACUCACUGUUGCGAAUCUUGCCUCCACUUGGACAUGAUUCUGGAGAUGCAGAUGGUGGAAGGAAGCCAGUGGCUACAAGAUCUUACUACGCUGCAGCAGUAUCUGGAUCCUAUUUCAAACGUCUUUUCCCCAGGAAAAGCUUGAAUUUCUGUCACUCUUCUUUCAGUCUCCAUUAUUUGUCUCGGGUGCCUGAGAGCGUUGAACAAAAGAGCUCUCCUCGUGUGUACAUAUCAAGUGAUUGUGACGAGGCAGUAGGAGCAGCCUAUCUACAUCAGUUCGAGAAGGACAUUACAGCGUUUUUAAGUGCCAGAGCAGAAGAGAUGGUUGGUGGAGGAUGCAUGUUCACACUUCAGUGUGGUCGUAAGUCAGGUUCAAAUAUAAUGAAAGAGCAAGGAACAUUUGGAGAUAUUUCUCGCCACUUAGAAUAUGCUUUUGAGGAUCUUGUCAUUGAGGGUAUCAUUAAAAAGGAGAAAUGGGAAACCUUCAACAUGCCCUGGUUUGCCACGAAUUCAGAAGAGAUGGAGAGCAUAGUGAAGAAAGAGGAUUCGUUCAGUGUAAUAACUGUGAGGGUCUUGGAAGGAUUUCCUCUUCAUUCAAUAACACAAGUGAAAGAAGGGGAAGAGGAGAUGUUUGGGAGAAGUGUGGAAAACCAGUACCGAGCAAUGUUUGAGAAGGUUGUGGGCACUCAUUUGGGAUGUGAGCAUUUGACAAAUGAAUUCUUCUCAAGAAUUGCUAAGAGAGCAACUGCUAAAUUCAAGGAGUAUCUUGAAGAUAAAGUAGAAUUGGUUGUUUCCUUUCUUGUUAGAAAAUGAGCAUAGAAUGAGAUUGGCUGAAAGAUUAAGCAUGACCUCUUUAACGCCUUCUUUGUACUCAUAAAAGACAAUUGUAUUAAGAAGGGCUUAUCAAGCAAUUAGAUCAAUAUAGGGCUAAUUUCAAUUUC